AUGUUGCUUCUCCACCCCUUCUGCUCCCUUAAGCAAAGCCAGUCGGCUGUGAGAUUGAAGGAGGACAUGAAAAAGGUAGCCUCUCUUCCACUGAACAAGCAGAGGGGCUUGAGCUCUCCAAAGGUGUUUGGUGUGAGUCUUCUGGAGCUCCAGGAGCAGGGGCUGAGCAAGAACGGCAUCCCAAUAGUUGUGUGGAAUAUAGUAGAGUACCUCACCCAGCAUGGUAUGACGCAGGAAGGCCUCUUCCGGGUAAACGGCAGCAUGAAAAUGGUAGAACAGUUGCGUAUGCAAUACGAGCGUGGAGAAGAGGUGGAACUUGUUAAAGAUGGUGAUGUGUAUGCAGCAGCCAGUCUGCUGAAAUUGUUUUUGAGAGAGUUGCCAGAUGGGAUUAUCACCUCUGCCUUACAUCCCAGGUUCAUUCAGCUUUACCAGGGCUGUAUAAACGACAUGCAGAAGGAAAGUGACUUGAAAGAACUCCUUAGAGAACUGCCUGAUGCUCAUUACUGCCUGCUGAAGUAUCUGUGCCAGUUCCUGAUAAAGGUUGCUGAACAUCAUGUAGAGAACAGGAUGAACCUUGGCAAUCUUGCCACUGUAUUUGGACCAAACUGCUUUCACGUGGCCUCCGGAUUUGAAGGUAUAAAAGAACAGGAGAUCUGCAACAAGAUAAUGACAAAAAUGCUGGAAAAUUACAAUACCUUAUUUGAAUUGGAAGGUUUGAAGAAGGAUGAAGAAAAGCCUGUAUGUGAAGAGCUAGCAAGAAUUAUUUUGGUGAAA